GUGCCCCUGGGCCUGAAAACAAAAGCUCGGGUUGUACAUCCCUUAAUGUUUGCAGAGUGGUAAGAUCUAAUUUGAAACGAGAGCGGGACCAGGACUGGUCGUCGGUGUAAACACAGAGAGUGAGAACAGAGUGGACUCAAAGAUUUCCUUUUCAACUGGAUUUUGAGGGGUAAAUAAAUCUAGACACAAUGCCCAACAGUGAGGACAAACUACCCGCGAGUGACAGUCGCAAUAAAAGUCAAGGGGAACAAGAAGGCAGACGAGCUCUGCCUGCUGACGUCGAGUCUAAUGGAGGAAAUGACAGCUCCAGUAUGCCUAACCUCUGCAAGCCAAGUAUUUCCUGCUCCAGCCCACCACGGCUAGUAUCUGUGACUGAAGUUCUGGAAACUGCCCGAAAUGUGUCCAACAUGGCCAUUGCACAUGAAGUAGUCAUAAACAGCAACUUCCAGAUCCAGCAGCAGGAAUCACCUCAGAACAGUUUGGAAAGGAGAGUGAAGGAGAUUAUGCACCAAGCAUUCUGGGAUAGCCUGCAGACCCAGUUAAACGAGACUCCACCACAGUACUCCCAGGCCAUCAGGCUGCUGCAGGAAGUUAAAGAGUCACUGUUGUCACUCCUGCUACCUGGUCACACCCGUUUGCGAUCACAGAUUGGUGAGGUGCUGGACAUAGAGCUGAUCCAACAACAGGCCAAUCACAAUGCACUGGAUAUCCACCGAUUGGCUGGCUUCAUCAUAGGCAUGAUGGGAAGUCUCUGUGCACCAAUCAGGGAUGAAGAAAUAAAGAAACUGAAAGACAUCACAGAGACUGUAUCUCUCUUCAGGGAGAUCUUCCGUGUGCUUGACUUGAUGAAGAUCGACAUGGUGAACUUUACCAUUAAGACUCUGAAGCCACACUUACAACAACAGUCCAUUCAGUAUGAGCGCAGCAAGUUCCAGGAGUUCCUCAACAAACAGCCCAAUGCUUUGGAGCACACAACUGCAUGGCUGAAAGCAGCAACUGAAGGAACUUCCAAUUCAAUCUUACAGAAUCAUGGCAACCACCCAACAGUGGUGAGCCCAGCUGCAGUGCUGAAUCAAGGCUACAUGAACUUGCUCAAAUGGAACCACGACACCAACACUUACCCAGAGACUGUGCUGAUGGACAAAUCCCGUCUACAGGAGCUGCAGCAGAGGCUCGAUCAGCUGACCCUGGUGGCUUCUGUUCUUUUGGUAACCACUAAUGCAGCAGGAGCUGCCAUUUGUGGUUUGCCUGGGUUUGUAGAUAAACUAAAGCAGGUGACAUGUGCUCUAUUGGAUGAGCUGAAUUGCAACACUGUAGGAUUAGGAGAAGCUCUACAUGCACUCAGCGACCAGGUACACAAAGAGGUCAAUAGAUCACUGGCUGAGCACGGAUACACUCCUCUGACAAAUGAGCAAGAAGCCAUUCUAAAGGGACAAAUCAGAAGCAUUAGACACAGAAACAAUGUUGUUCGUAUUCUGAUUGGCGAGCGGAUCAACUCCUACGUGAAGGGGUUCCUCAGUCUCUCCAGCCCACAGAAUUGCCAUCAUGCUCUUCCAGGGGGCCUUGCUCCAAUUCAGGCAGAACUCAAGGAGAUUGGCUCCACAUUCAGCCGCAUAGUGCACCACAACAGGAUGGUAUUUGGACCUUAUUACUCAGGGAUUCUGGCGAAGCUGCUCUUCACAGAUGGAGACACUGGGGUGGACUCCCGCUGAGUCCGGAAGCGGGAUCUUCAGUAAAACUGUGUGUAAACUGUACGAGGUGAACAAUCAUUGUCUGAAGCAACACAUUAAUCGUUUCCUUCAAGCCAGAGCAAUUCCGGAAGUACAUAAAAUGUUCAGAACAGUAAAAAAUUGUGCUUCCAAAACACAAUCCAUUGCUAUUAUCAAAUUUAUCUGUUACAAAUUGGUAAUUACAUAUUACCAUGAUUAUUCAGCUGUUGCAUUAACAGCUUUUUUCCCUAUUAGGGAGGUGUUCAUGGCUUCUUCAUGCCCAAUAUUCCAGUGCAUUUACAGCUGUUGACAAUCAUUGAAAGUAAAGCUUGAUUUUCUUCUGUUAACUCCCUUUCUUAUCUUGGGUCACCCUGUUGCACACACAUUUUAUGCACAGUAGACACUGUGUCCAACAUGACUCUUAACCCCUCAAGGUUGUGUGAUCACAAGAUCCUUAGUAUGUGUUGGAUAACAAUCAUAAUGUAGGCCAGGUAGCAGCUUCAAUCCACAAAUCAGUGAUACGAAUCAAAACUAUCAGUUAUGAAUUGGUACUGACAUAAUGUGAUAUUUUCUGUUGUAUAAAUGGGCUUUUUCUUACUGGUGAGGUGCAUAUUAUUAUUGGUGCAACGUACUGUUUUAAAUAAAUAAUUUCAGAGUGCUUUACACUCUGACUUUACACUAGAGACUUGCUAUGUGAUACUUGUUUGGUAAUUGAUGGUCAGAAUGGAAGUAUCACUGGGAUUGUGAGAACUGAUCAUUUACAUCCCCAAUGGAUGUUCAAUUGCCAUUCACCAGAUUAAACCCAAAAACCAAGCAGGAGUUAAUUAAAACGUUUAAGAAAUUAUUUUAAUAAACAAAACAUUUAAACACAUUGAAACAUAAUUAAAAUAUUUAAAUAACUAAAACUUUAAAAAAAUUGCCAAUGGACUAAAGGUUACCUUGAUCCCUCACAACCAUUCCUCUCCAUUAAAUGAAUAGCACCAUUAUUCCUGCGCCAGAUCUAACCUGAAGCAAGUUGUUCAGACGGAUUCCCCAGAGUAAAUGUUGAGAGAUUGAUGUAUAUGCACACUCCACCAGUGGGCUCCAUAAAGAGUCUGAAGUCCGAGUACAGUUAGAAAAAUACAGGCAAACAGCUGCCACCAAGUUCAGACCUUGUACAUUCAUAGAUUCAGAAAUCCUGAAUUUGCUGCAAUUUAUACAGCGCAUUUCUCCGCAAACUCCAGAUUUUUAUUGACCUUGUUAAAUAAAGCACAUCUUCACAGGUGUAAUUCAGGAGGAAAUGAUUGUGUGUCUCAUUGUACAAGUUAAUCUGCCCAAUUCCCCCAAAAGAAGUUCUCCUCAUAUGCUGUUCCCAAAAAUUUAAUACUCUACACAGAGUUGACUCACCCUGAUUGUUGUACCAAGAAUGUUUAGUCAUAUAGGGACAUUGGCCUUGAUCUGAUCUCUCUCCCACCUUCUCCCUUCUCUCUUUCCCUCCAUCUGAUCGAAGUAAAUUCUGAGAUAGCUGCAGUGUGCGGGAACCCGGUAUUGAACUGACCAAUUGUCUCUCUGCUUCUGUGGAAAUAAUAUGAUAGAUUAAUGUGAAAGGACCUAAAGCAGAGAACGGGUGAACAUGUAGCCCAUCAGUGCAUUAUACAGCACAAUACAAUAGUAAUCUCUCAAUGCCUGUUUAAAAUUAUACUUCAUUUCUAUGGCUGCUCCUUCUGGAGUAGACUUUUGAAGCUUUGUUCAAGUAUGUUAAUUGAAUGCCAUCUAGUGGUAAACUGAGCAUCUCCAAAAUUUGCGGAAAUAGUAUGUUUCCAUUACUUCAAAUUACAUAGCUACCAAUGUACAAAUACAGAGACUUGAUCUCAAAAUCUAGAUUAGCAUUUCUGUGCAGCACUGAAAGAAUGCUACAUUGUUGAAUAUGCCAAUUUCAGGUAUGAUGCUAAUUUAGGAGUCUGUCGGACUUAUAAUAUUUUAUUGAAGUUUAUUUGAAAAAAAGCAGCAGAGUUCCCGACAGACUCCCAACUAAUAAUUAUCCCUCAAUCAACUGAUUGUCUAGUCAUUAUCACUUUGCUUACUGCAUGAUAUUGCUGGGCACAAUUUGGCUGACAUGUUUUCUUAUAUUAUAAGGAUGGCUACGCUUCAAAUACAAAUGACUUCUUUGGCUGUAAGGAGGUUUGAGGCAUCCUAAAACUAUGAAAGAUGCAGUAUAAAUCCAUGUCUUUCUUUCCAUUGUAAAUUUACAAUCACAGUAGUUAUUUUUUGAGUGUGCAGUGAUUGUUAUUACAAGCUCAAGGAAUUCUGAGUGGGCAGCUUUGCAGAACAGCAGUGAGUUGGAAAGAGAAACAUCUUACUGUUUGUAACAAAAACAUAAAAACUGAAAAUGCUCGUUUUCUUUCAGUUCUGAUGAAGGGUCUCAGACGUGAAACAUUAACUCUUCUUCUUUCCCUGAGGCUGCCUGACCUACUGCAUGUUCCCAGCAUUUUGCGCUUUUGUUUCGGCUUUCCAGUUUCUGCUGUUUUUUGACUUUUGUAAAGCUGUUUUUUUUGACAGCUUGUCAUGCAUCUCCAUAGAUGAGCAGCUUAGAUAUGCAUGCUUUUCUACACUUCCAUUUAUAAACAAAAAACAGAAAAUGCUGGAAUACUCAGCAGGCCAGACAGCAUCUGUGGAGAGAGAAGGAGUUAAUGUUCCAGAUUGAUAACGUUUUGGCAGAACUGACAUCUCCAUUCAUAAAGUGCCUGCAUUCCAGUCACAAGUUAUAACGGAGGCCAAGAAGACAAGAAGAGCAUGAAUCAUUAGUGCAGCAACUGGACAGGAAUGUGGAGAAGGGGAGAGGCAGAAAUGUAAAGCUGAAUUGUUUAAUGAGAAGUAUUUAAAAGAAUCCUCAAAUAAAUUUUAAACUAGGGUUUAAAAUCUCCAUUUUGAUGAAUCUUAUGUCCAAGGAGCAUCAUGCAAACUGAUCAAAGUUUUUUUAUUAACCGAGGUUACACCAGCAGAGGGCAUUAACUUCAAAAAUAUGAACAAUUUUAAAUUGAAUUCUUCACACUAACCAGAAGAAAAUAGCAGCUAGCUGUAAUUCAAGAAAAUACUUUAAAGUUAAAAAUAAAAGUUUCAGAUUUAGAUUGGGACAGAAUUGAAAAGGGCAUAAAGAUUUUAUUGCUUAACUGCUGAAAGUAAUAUGUACACUCUUGACAAGUAGCACACCAGUUCUACAGUCAGGACAAAAGUGCUUUAUGCAAUGUGGGCCUGAAGUGUGGAGCACAUUUUAAUAAACAUUGUAACUUCUGUAUUGAUAACCUUCCAGCUCAACAUCGUGAUUGCAGCUUUUCAGAAUUGUAUGGUUUAAUUUACCCUCCCCCCAAGCUGUGACUAUUUCUUUAAAGCCUCACUAAAAAGCUACUUCUGUAAUUCUUCCUUAAACCUAGACAUUUUUAAAGCUGAAUCACCAGCAGUUGGCAGUGCCAUUCUGUAACAAGCCACCAGGAGGCAGAUAGUGCCAUUCUCCAAUUGCCAAUGUGACGAUAUUUUUCCUAAACAUUAUGAGUAAGCUAAGAUCUCCAUGUCCCUCACAUGAAUGGCCAACACUGGUAAUGUGUUCAAUACAGACUCAGUGUCAAUUUGUGCCACCCAGCCAAUGAAUUGUAAAAUGAUUUCUGGUAUACUGGCAGCUUAAUGACAUAGUGAACAAUCCAUCACUGGACACUAAGAUAUUUCAAACCUCAUCAUAGAAAAUAUACCAGAUUAAAAAAAAACAAUUUCCCUCAUGCGUGUUAAAAUGCAAGUUUAAAGUGUCAAAACUGAUAAUGCGAAUGGGAUUAGAUCAUUGAACCCACUAACCUACUCUACUAUUCAAUGAGAUUAUUGCUGAUCUAUAUCCUAACUCUGUUUAUCCACCUCCGCUCUGUUUCCUCAACAGUUAGCAAAUAAUUACCAAUUUCAUAUUUCAAAUUACAAACUGAGCUGACGUUCACUGAAUUUUGUGGGAGAACGUGCUGUUUGUGUGGAAAACAUAUUCCCGACCUCCCUCCACCUCUGAUUUUUGUUAGAUUCUCUUUCCUAGACUCUCCAUUAGUAAAAAACAAAAAUAAAAUCCACUAUCCACUCAAAAAUCCUAAAGGCCUUAAUCAAAUCACCACUUAUUCUUCCAUUUUCCGGGAAUAGGACUUUGUCUUGUGUAAUCUUUCCUCGUGACUUAACCCUAAGAGCCCUGGCUAGUUUCUGGUGAAUCUGCAUUCCUUCCAAAGCUAACUUAUCCUUUCUAAUGCACAUUUGGUUUCACCCAAACAUUAUUUUUUAUAGCUGUGAUAAAAUUUCCUCUCCUGGCACACAAGAUUAUUCUCAGUAUUUUAAUGGGGACAUUGAUCUUAACAGUUAACCAGAAGAGGUUAAUGCUGAUGUUGAAAUAGCCCAGAAUAUUAAUUUAAAACUUGCAUUUAAAAUUGUAUGUUGUCACAUUAGCGUCAUUUUCAGUUUGCAGAUUUUGAAAAUUGUUCAGCUGUGCCUCUGUCUAUUACCAAAAGAAGUAUAAACCAAAUAAAUCAUCGUUAAUCAGUUGUAACUCAGAUCUUCUCUUAUCACAGCAUACCCAUUGGCGCCUGAAUGCUGAUAAAUCAAGAGGAACCAUUAGAAAGCAAUGUUGCCUCAGAGCACGAUGUCUUCUGCCAAGCAUGACUCUGGCCCAGUUCCCACCGUUUCAGACUCUAGUGCUGCUUCUUCUCGAAGCAAACAAUGAAAAGACAAGCUGUAAAUAUUUUCAAUAUUUACUACCAUAUUUUUAAUGAGCUUGUGUAAGGUGACAAAUAGUUUGCACAUAAAGGGUAGGAAAGAAUUUCCAAUCUAAUUAUAAGAACUGCAGCGUAAUCAGACUCAUAAGACAAUCUAUCUAUUGAUUUUGUUUUACACUGUUAAUGCUGGCUGUGGUUGUUGCCUCAUGUUUAAUUCAUUGUCCUUUAUACCUCUGUAGGUGACAAGGUUUUGAUUAGUCAUUCAGUUACCACGGGCUAUCUAUUUUUUACUGUAGAGGGUAAAACGGAUAAAUGCUAGAAAUGUUAAAUAAUAUCUAGUUUUUGUAAUCAGACAGUUGGCCCUGAAAAGGAAACAGCAAAUUCAGGUUUCAGCUGGGAUCCAAUCAUGUAUGACUUUCUGAUGGGAACUUAAUCAGAUUCAAGUUUCAAGUAGGAUCCCGAUUAAAGUGUUGCUCAGACAGUGAUGCUCUAACUGAAGUGCAAUCAGUUUUUCCUCCUUUCAAAUGCUGAUGCUAUUAUGUAUUUUCAGAAUGUUUUUUUUAUAGUUUUACUGUAAGUUUUGUUAACUAAUUUGAAAUUGUUAUCCUUGGAAAAUUACUUCAUAAGCAUUAUGGGAUUGAAUUGAUUUUGGAUAUUAGUUAAAGAUUAUAUUAGCUGCAGAAUAUAUUUUGGAUUAUGUAAAUUAUGAAUUAUAGGAUCAUAUGUUUGACUUUGUUUUGAUUCCCAAGUUGCCUAACAUGCGCCACUCUAUCCA